AUGCCGGAUGACUCGUUGCGCUCACCUAUACCGUCUGGCGGUACAUUCAACACCCUUGAGCGAGAAAAUAAGUUCAAGAACCCGCCAAAGGAUGGCUCUUCCGUUCCGAUAUUGAACGAAUUUGUGACCCCGCACAUCGAGUCCUUCAAUGCGCUCUUCGACGAUUCUGGACUGCCUGUGGGAGAUGGCGAUGGUCGCGGGCUCUUGUCGUUAGGUGUACAGGAAAUUGGUGAACGCGUUGUCUUUGAUGGGAAGGGUGUAGUCGGGUCCGAGAGCGGGCAGUCUGGGUGGGGAAACCGUCUGAGCAUAUGGUAUGAGCAAGUGUCUGUCGGAAGACCGCAAGUUCCAGAUAAUUCCCAGAAGGUCAAAGAUACUAAAAUCUACCCGUCUGAGGCAAGAGAGCGCCUCACUUCCUAUCGCGGCCGUAUGGCGGUCAGGCUGUGCUGGAGGGUAAACGACGGCCCUGUCGAGGUCGAAAGCAGAGAUUGCGGCCUACUGCCAAUCUUGGUCCGAUCUGUUAGGUGCAACCUGCGCAAUAUGUCUUCCGCACAGCUCGUGAAGAAGCAUGAGGAGCCUGAGGAGUUCGGCGGGUACUUCAUCAUCAACGGGAACGAGCGGCUUAUCCGGUACCUCAUCCUCCCCCGGCGGCACCACGUCAUCGCACUCAUGCGCCCGUCAUUCAUGAAGCGCGGGCCAUCGUACACGGCAUACGCGGUGCAGAUCCGUUGCGUGCGUCCGGACCAGACGAGCGUUACAAACACGCUGCACUACCUCUCGAACGGUAGCGUAAUGCUGCGUUUCAGCUGGCACAAGCAGGAGUUUGUGAUCCCGAUCCUACUUAUCCUCAAGGCACUCGUGUCAGCGUCGGACACGGAGAUUUUCGAGGGCAUCAUGAUGCAGGACUAUGACGAUACGUUCUUGGCGGACCGCGUUGAACUGCUUCUACGCAGCUUCAAGAUGUACAAAUUAAGGACCGGAGAUCAGUGUCUCGAGUUCCUUGGGGACAAAUUCCGUGUUGUACUCAACGUGCCGGAGGACUGGACAAACAAGACUGUCGGUAUCUGGCUCGUACAGAAGGUGAUUCUGGUUCACCUGGAUUCUCCUCGAGAGAAGUUCCGCAUGCUGCUCUUCAUGUUACGGAAAUUGUACGCUCUGGUCUCCAAGGCAUGUUGCGUCGAUAACACGGACUCUCCUCAGCAUCAAGAAGUUCUGCUUCCAGGAUCACUGUAUGGCAUGGUCAUCAAGGAGCGGUUAGAGGAGGCAUUGAACAGUCUCUACAUGGCGAUUCGACAAGACAUAUAUCGCUCAGAACCGUCCGUCGACUUCUUUGACAAACGUUACUUCAAAAAGGUUCUGCUCCGUACGAACUUCGACAUCGGCGCGCGGGUGUCCAAUUUCCUUGCCACUGGCAACCUUAUUUCACCAUCUGGUCUCGACCUGCAACAAACCUCCGGUUUCACAAUUGUCGCUGAAAAGCUUAACUGGCAGCGAUACAUCAGCCACUUUAGAUCGAUCCAUCGUGGUGCAUUCUUUGCCGAGCUGAAGACUACCGCAGUGCGAAAGCUCUUACCUGAAGCUUGGGGCUUCCUAUGUCCCGUGCACACUCCCGAUGGUGCCCCCUGCGGUCUUCUCAACCAUCUCUCGCGCACAUGCCGCAUCGUCACAGCUCCCCUCGCCGUCGCGCAUAUACCCGCCCUCCUGGCUGCGCACGGCAUGACACAGGCCUUCGUUCCCUCCAUCGACGGCCGACACAAUCUCUGCGUGCAGCUCGACGGCAAGGUUAUCGGUUGGGCGCCUGCUGCAGUGCUCAAGCAGCUUGCGACGGACCUCCGGAUAUGGAAGACGGAGGGCAGGCACAACGUCCCGCUUGACCUGGAGAUCGGAUACGUACCCGUGUCGAAGGGUGGACAAUACCCUGGGUUGUAUCUGUUCUCGUCGAAGGCGCGCAUGAUGAGGCCAGUCAAGUAUUUGGCAAAUUGGAACGACGACCAGAUUGGCUCGUUUGAGCAGGUGUAUAUGGAUAUUGCGUGUACGCCGGAGGAGAUCGAGCCAGGGGUGUCGACCCACGUCGAACACGCGCCUACGAAUUUCUUGUCAAUCCUGGCUAAUCUCACCCCCUUUUCUGACUUCAACCAGAGUCCACGAAAUAUCUACCAAUGUCAGAUGGGUAAGCAAACGAUGGGAACACCAGCGACUGCCCUCGCACAUCGAACGGACAACAAACUGUACAAACUCCAGACCGGCCAGAGUCCAGUUGUCCGUCCUGCUCUGCACAACACCUACGGCAUGGACUCUUUCCCGAACGGGACCAACGCCAUCGUCGCAGUCAUCUCAUAUACGGGCUACGACAUGGAGGACGCCAUGAUUCUGAACAAGUCCGCACACGAACGCGGUUUCGGCUACGGUACCAUCUACAAGUCACACACCGUGGACCUUAAGGACGUGUAUGGCUCAUCGAGGGGCUCGCCUAAGUCGACGCUGCAUUUUGGCUUCGGGUACGACAUCCGGACUGAGGGCACGAAGGCUCACUCCUGCUGUGACUUCCUGGACCUGGACGGGCUGCCGUUCGUCGGCGUCCAAUUAACCACGGGCGACCCCAUCGCCGCAUAUGUUGACGAUACGACUGGCCGCACGUCGUUUGCCAGAUACAAGGGGGGUGAGGCUGCGUACGUCGAUACCGUUCGCCUCCUAGGUUCUGACGCAGGCAACUCGGAGCUGCAAAAGAUCCAUAUCACUCUUCGCAUUACGCGUUCGCCCGUCAUCGGCGACAAGUUCUCAUCGCGUCACGGACAGAAGGGUGUCUGCUCGCAGAAAUGGCCCGCGAUCGACAUGCCGUUCACGGAGAGUGGGAUGCAACCCGAUGUCAUCAUCAACCCGCACGCUUUUCCGAGUCGUAUGACGAUCGGCAUGUUAGUCGAGAGUAUGGCCGGCAAGGCCGGCGCGAUGCAUGGUCUCGCACAGGACGCCACACCAUUCCAGUUCACAGAAGAAGACACCGCUGUCGAUUAUUUCGGUGAACAGCUCCUGGCCGCCGGGUACAACUAUUACGGCAACGAGCCCAUGUACUCCGGUAUCACCGGCCAGGAGUUCGCCGCAGACAUCUACAUUGGUGUUGUGUACUACCAACGUCUACGACACAUGGUGUUGGACAAGUUCCAAGUCCGUACGACAGGUCGUGUCGAUCCUGUCACUCGACAGCCAGUCAAGGGUCGUAAACGCGCGGGUGGCAUCCGUUUCGGUGAGAUGGAGCGUGACGCGCUGAUCGCGCACGGCACCUCUUUCCUGCUCCAAGACCGUCUCAUGAAUUGCUCCGACUACUCUACCGCAUGGGUCUGCAGAACCUGCGGCAGCCUGGUCUCUCUGGGGUACGAUGAUGUGAGCCUGGGAAAGAUGGUGAUAGGCUCCGCGGGCAAGCUCAAGCCGACUGGACCGGGCGGGGAGUACUGCCGGGUCUGUCGCGUGGAGGCUGAGGAGGAAGAUGUGCGGGAGCGGAAGAGGCUUGCGAAUGGGGGAGACGGGCGGUCAGCACAUCAGAGCGACCUCAGGGUCGCGAUACCCUCGCAGCACGUCCUCGGCCGGGCAUCAAAAGGCGGCGACAUGGAUAUCAUCGCCGUCCCUUUCGUCUUCCGGUACCUCUGUGCGGAGCUCGCAUCUAUGGGUAUCAAGAUUUCUCUCGAGAUUCGAUGA